AUGGCAUCAGAAACCCCCGCCCAGACCCUGGAUCCCAAGUACGAUCACUAUGACUUCCCCACCAUCUCCCCAACCACACUGAGCGGCCACCCAGGACACACAACCCCGGAACAAGAUGCCCAAGUCUUCCAAUUGCGCAUGAAGCUCGAGUCCGAAGGUUAUACUGAGCGCCUAGAUACCCUCACUCUCUUGCGGUUUCUGCGAGCCCGUAAAUUCGAUGUUGCCUUGGCGGAGCAGAUGUUCGUGGACUGUGAGAAAUGGCGGAAAGAGACGCAGCUCGAUGAGCUGGUGCGGACCUUCGACUACACCGAGAAGGAGGAGGUCUUUAAGUACUACCCCCAAUAUUACCACAAGACGGAUAAGGACGGCCGACCUGUAUAUAUUGAACAAUUAGGCAACAUCGAUUUGACAGCCAUGUACAAGAUCACAACGGCCGAACGAAUGUUGCAAAACCUCGCCGUCGAAUACGAGAAGCUUGCAGAUCCCAGACUGCCAGCAUGCUCCCGCAAGGCGGGUUUCUUACUCGAGACCUGCUGCUCGAUAAUGGACCUCAAGGGUGUAGGCCUAGGCAAAGUUAGCUCCGUCUACUCCUACAUCAAGCAAGCAUCAGCCAUGUCCCAAAACUACUAUCCAGAGCGCCUCGGACGGAUGUACCUUAUCAAUGCGCCCUGGGGCUUCUCGACCGUCUUCAGCAUCGUUAAGGGGUGGCUGGACCCCAUCACUGUGGAGAAGAUCCACGUCCUGGGCGGCGGAUAUCAGAAGGAGCUCCUGGAGCAAGUCCCGGCUGAGAACCUCCCCAAGAUCUUCGGUGGAACCUGCGAUUGCCCUGGUGGGUGCGCUUUGGGCGAUAAGGGGCCCUGGACUGAUCCAGAGUGGGCUAAGGCGCCUAAGUGGCAGACAAAACCUGAGAAGAAGGAAGAUGUCAUUAACAAUGAAGCCGUUGACCAGCCUGCCGUUCCUGAGGUAGCGAAGGCUGCUGAAACUCCUGAAAAUGUUGCUGAUGAGAUUAAGCCUGCUCCGGCCCUGCAAUAG